GCAGCCUUUAUAUUCAACAUUUGACUGAUUGAUUGGUUGGCUCUACUUGUUUCUCUUUUUUCUGUUUCUCUCUAGUUAUCAGGAAAAGAGGUAAUAGGGAGAAGAGAAGGUCCAGAUCCAAGAUCCCAAAAAGAGCAGCCUUGCAAUAUAUACACACAACAAAAAAUAAAAAAAAAUAAAAUCAGAGGUGGAAAUGGCGAGUGGGGAGGUGUGGAAGGCCCACGCAGCCAUGGCGUUGGUUCAACUUUUCAAUGGGGGAUACCACGUCAUAACAAAGUUGGCUCUCAACGUCGGCAUGAAUCAAGUCGUCUUCUGUGUCUACCGAGAUGUCCUUGCCCUCUCCAUUCUCGCCCCUGUUGCCUACCUCCGGGAGAAAAGGAUACGCCUACCAAUAUCCCCCCGCCUCCUUAUAUCAUUCUUCUUUCUCGGGUUAACUGGGAUAUUUGGCAACCAGCUUUUAUUUCUAAUUGGCCUUAGCUACACAAAUCCAACUUAUGCUGCAGCUGUACAGCCUGCCAUACCAGUCUUUACAUUUCUCUUGGCUGCAAUAAUGGGUACCGAAACAGUGAAUUUGCUCCAAAAUGAAGGACGGGCAAAGGUUGGAGGCACGCUCAUCUGUGUUUGUGGAGCAAUAUUAAUGGUUUUUUACAGAGGUCCAGCUAUAAUUGGGAGUGGUUAUGUGGACCCUGUAUCUCAAAGUGAGAUAAUUGCAAAAUCUCAACCAGAGCCUGCUGGAUGGUUAACAUCUGGCUUGAUGGAGUUUGGGCUUGAACGUUGGCACAUUGGUGUGUUGUGCUUAAUAGGGAAUUGUAUGUGCAUGGCAGUUUAUCUGGCCUUACAGGCUCCGCUUUUGACAAAGUAUCCGGCCAGCUUAUCACUGACAGCUUACUCUUACUCCUUUGGUGCUCUCUUGAUGGUACUGACGGGAUUAUUUGCAACUAAUGACCAUACAGAUUGGACGUUGACGCAGUCUGAGAUAGCCGCAGUUUUAUAUGCUGGAAUUGUUGCAUCUGCUCUCAAUUAUGGACUCUUGACAUGGUCCAAUAAGAUCUUAGGGCCUGCUCUGGUGGCUCUGUAUAAUCCACUUCAACCUGCAGCAUCUGCCUUUUUGUCAACAGUAUUUCUUGGAAGCCCUAUUUAUCUGGGAAGCAUAAUUGGAGGGCUUCUUAUAAUUGCCGGUCUAUACUUGGUCACUUGGGCAUGUUAUAGAGAGAGACAAGCAGCAGUUGUGAUUACUUGUGUGAAUCGAGACUCUGAACCUCUUCUCCACGAAGAUCAACCAGUUGUCAAGGCUUCAUCCUACCAGAGAGGACACAUUUUCUCUGGGCCUUCCAUGGCAUUGCCUAGGCCUUGGAUCGAGGAACAUGAAUCUUGAUGACAAUAUUCCCCUACAUUGCUCCAUAAAUUUGUUUUUUAGUUAUAGUAUACAAUGGACAAGAAUGGCCUUUUUGGGUCUGAUUCUUGCUGUUCAUAAGUGCUGUAGUUAGUCAUCGUUUUUCCUCAGCCAUUUUCGUCAUUCCAUAUUACCAUCUCCUUUCUCCCCUGCCGAACUUUAUUCAUGUUCCAUGUUUCACAAGAAACUACACAAAUUAAUGGCGUCAGUAAAGUUACUUGCUGAACUGGAGUACAGGCUUGAUUGUUUCUCUUCAUCACUUGGAAUUAAGAAUGGCGUUGAUCAAAACAGAGAAAAUUCAAGGUUCCCCUUGGGCAUUGGCACAACCAAAGAAUCAGCAACUCAGCAGGGCAACCAAAGAAUCAGCAGGUCAGCAGUGGAGAACAACGGCAGAAGUGUCGGGAGCCAAAGAAGAUCCUUUCUUCUGUUGCAGGUCCCACGUCAGCAGCAUCUCUGGUUAAGGAACAAAUUAAGGGGUCUUAGAACUUUUGAUACGGUACUCUGCUAUCCGUAUGUGUAGCCAAGUUACUGGUGUUAUGUGAAAUAAAGAUGAUUGUUGUGAUAAUAUUCUUUUCAAGAAUAUGUCCGAGUUUCUCCCCCUUUUC